AUGAGCCUCGUUGCCCCUCCUCCUCCUCCUCUUCUGCUUCUGCUUCGUCCAAUCCUUCCUCUCACCACGGCCCCUCUCCGACUUGUCCGACACGGCCACAUUCUUCAUCGGCCAUCCCCUCCGACCACGCCGUUCCUACGCCCCGCAGCUGCCGCUCAUAAGAUUCUUCCUCCCGCGCCAUCCCAUCGCCGCACUCUUGCCCACGCAUCAUCCCCAACACACCUCUCACCACGCCAUCAGCUCCCUCACACUCCGUCCUCGUCCUCCGCCAUGGCGCUCCCCGACUUUGAAUCCGUCCUCAAGGGCAAGUACCCCGCCAAGGCCCACGCCAAGCGCGUCGUCCAAAUCCUCCGCGAAAAGGGCGCCGUUGCCGAUGGCUUCAUCUACCUCGAGGCCCGUCACACCCAGAUGCAGGAAGACAACGACGGGCCCGUGCCUUUCCGCCAACGCCGCUUCUUCUACUACCUCACCGGCUGCAACCUCCCCGACUGCUUCGUCGUCUACGACAUCCAGGCCGACAAAACCACCCUCUUCAUCCCGCCCAUUGACCCCGAGGACGUCAUCUGGUCUGGCCUUCCCACCACCAUCGACGACGCCCUGAAGCUGUAUGAUGUUGACGACGUCAAGCCCAACACGGAGCUCCCUGCUACCCUCGCCGCGCUCGCCGCCGCCAGUCCCAAGGCCACCGUCUACGCCAUCGACGGCCAGGUCUCCCCCCACAUUUCCCUCGACGCCUUCGUCUCCAAGGACCUCGCCGCCGUCAAGCCCGCCAUCGAGCUCGCCCGCGUCACCAAGGAUGCGUACGAGGUCGCCCUGAUCCGCCGCGCCAACUACGUCUCCGGCCUCGGCCACGUCGCCGCCAUGAAGCGCGCCAAGUCAGCCAAGACGGAGCAGGAGCUCGAGGCCUCCUUCCUGGAGCGCUGCUACUCGUACAACUCCAAGGAGAUGUCCUACCACCCCAUCUUCGCCAGCGGCCGCGCCGCCGCCACGCUGCACUACAUCGACAACACGUGCAACCUCGAGGGCAAGCAAAACGUGCUCGUCGACGCCGGCGCCGAGGCCGACAACUACUGCGCCGACAUCACGCGAACCUUCCCCAUCAGCGGCAAGUUCACCAAGGAGUCGCGGGCCAUCUACGACAUUGUGCUCAAGAUGAAGAACGAGACGAGCGCGCGGCUCAAGGGCGGCGUCAACUACGACGAGCUGCACGUCCUGGCGCACACCAUUGCCAUCGACGGCCUGCUGGAGCUGGGCAUCCUCCAGGGUGAUCGUGAUGAGAUCCUGGCGGCGCGCACGUCGGCGGCCUUCUUCCCGCACGGCCUCGGCCACCACCUCGGCAUGGACUGCCACGACACGUGCGGCGGGCAGAACCGGCAGGACCCGGACAAGCUCUUCCCCAACCUGCGUCUGCGCGGCAUCGUCCCGACCAACUCUGUCGUCACGAUCGAGCCUGGUGUGUACUUUUGCGAGUUCAUCAUCAAGCCCUACCUCAAGGACCCUUUCCACAGCAAGUUCAUUAACGAAGAGAUCCUCAACAAAUACUGGGAUGUUGGUGGUGUUCGGAUCGAGGAUGACAUUCUCGUCACCGAGACGGGCCACGAGAACCUGACUAACCUGCCUACCACGGCCGCCGAGAUUGAGGCCAUUGUCGCCAGCGCAUGA